CCCGCGGCUCCAGCAGGAGGGAGAGCGGGCAGAGUUGCGCGCUCGGGCGGGAGAUGCCGCUCGGGCUCCUUCUAGCUGCAGAUUUGCAACCAGCAUAAUGUUGGCAUUCCAAAUUUUGGACAAGUAUUGUACAGAAUGGGACAGACCGAAGAUAACUUGGACCAUGACAUACCACUAUGGCCCCUUCCAUCAUACUGGGCUAAAGUGGUUGUGGGACUCCUUUCCCUCAUCUGUUUUGUUAACAGCUAUGAUGGGGACUUUGUCUUCGACGACUCUGAAGCUAUCCUCAAUAAUAAGGACCUCAGGGCAGAAACCCCACUUGGUGAUCUAUGGCAUCAUGACUUUUGGGGGAGCAAACUCAGUAGCAAUACCAGCCACAAGUCUUACCGACCGCUUACUGUACUAACAUUCAGGAUUAAUUAUUUUUUAGCUGGCGGCUUCCAUCCAUUUGGCUUUCAUAUCAUCAAUAUAAUACUCCACUGUGCUAUUUCUGUCAUAAUUGUUGACGUCUUCUCGAUAUUAUUGGGUGGGCUGCAGUACACCAGUAAAGGAAGAAGAUUAAACUUGGUCCCCAAAUCGUCCCUGCUGGCUGCUUUACUAUUUGCUGUUCAUCCAGUUCACACUGAAUGUAUUGCAGGGAUUGUUGGCCGAGCAGAUCUGUUGUGUGCCCUGUUCUUUUUGUUGUCAUUUCUUGGCUACUGCAAGGCGCUUAAAGAGAGUAAAGAAGGAACCCAUAUUUCUAUAGCCUGGAUCUUGCUGAGUGUUUUCCUAGGCGCUGUGGCCAUGCUUUGCAAAGAGCAAGGGAUUACAAUACUGGGUUUAAAUGCUCUCUUUGAUGCUGUGGUGAUUAAUAAGCUCAAUAUUUUGGAAGUUGUACUGAAGAUUCUACGUAAGGAUAAGUCAAUGGAGAGCCUGGUAGUGUUUCGAAAUGGACUUCUCUUCAGGACAACUUUUCUGCUCUGUGGCGGAGCCACCAUGCUGUAUGUACGCUGGCGAAUUAUGGGCACGGGGCCACCUGCUUUUACUGAAGUGGAUAACCCAGCUUCAUUUGCAGAUAGUCUGUUUGUGAGGGCUAUAAACUAUAAUUACUACUAUUCCUUGAAUGCUUGGUUGCUGCUGUGUCCCUGGUGGCUGUGUUUUGAUUGGUCAAUGGGCUGCGUGCCCCUUAUUAAAUCAGUCACUGACUGGAGAAUAAUUGCACUAGCAGUCCUUUGGUUCUGCCUAAUUGCUCUGAUAUGCCAAGCCCUGUGCUCUGAAGACAGCCACAAGAGAAGAAUCCUUACUUUGGGAUUGGGAUUUCUCAUGAUCCCUUUUCUUCCGGCAAGCAACCUUUUCUUUCGAGUGGGAUUUGUCAUUGCAGAAAGAGUAACCUACCUCCCCAGCAUUGGCUAUUGCAUGCUGGUAACAUAUGGAUUCAGUCUGUUAAGCAAACAAGCUAAUAGAAAGAAAUUGCUUGUUGCUGCUCUGCUGGGCCUCUUGUUGAUAAAUGUAUGGCGUUGUAUUAUCCGCAGUAAUCAGUGGAGAUCUGAGGAACAACUUUUUAGGAGCGCUUUGUCUGUGUGUCCGCUGAAUGCCAAAGUUCAUUAUAAUGUUGGCAAAAACUUGGCUGAUAAAGGCAACCAAAGCGCUGCAAUCAAUUAUUACAGGGAGGCUGUGAGACUGAAUCCUAAAUAUGUGCACGCUAUGAAUAACUUGGGAAACAUCUUGAAAGAAAGGAAUGAACUCCAUGAAGCUGAAGAGCUUCUCUCACUAGCUGUACAAAUACAGCCUGAUUUUGCAGCGGCAUGGAUGAAUCUAGGAAUAGUACAGAAUAGUUUAAGAAGAUACGAAGAAGCAGAGGAAAGCUAUUGGACUGCAAUCAGACAUAGGAAAAAAUAUCCAGAUUGUUACUACAAUUUAGGACGCUUGUAUGCUGAUCUAAAUCGCCAUAUAGAUGCAUUGAAUGCAUGGAGGAAUGCCACCGUUCUGAAACCACAACACAGUUUGGCUUGGAACAACAUGAUUAUACUGCUUGAUAAUACAGGUAACUUGGCUCAAGCUGAAGCUGUUGGACGGGAGGCUCUGGAAUUAAUACCUAAUGAUCAUUCUCUCAUGUUUUCACUGGCAAAUGUCUUGGGAAAAUCACAGAAAUAUAAGGAAUCGGAAGCUUUGUUCCACAAGGCAAUUAAAGCCAAUCCAAAUGCAGCCAGUUACCAUGGUAAUUUGGCUGUGCUGUACCAUCGCUGGGGAAAUCUUGACUUAGCCAAGAAACACUAUGAAGUCUCUCUGAAGCUUGACCCCACAGCAGCUGGGACCAGGGAAAACUAUAGACUUUUAAAAAGGAAACUGGACCAACUGCAAAAAAAAGGGUGAUGUGCGAGGCUUCUUCUCAGGCUUUGAAUGCAUACGGCACACCAUUUAUUGGUAAUGUGGCUACUAAUCACCAGAGGGAAGCUUUCACUCACUCCCUGUCAUUUAAAAAACAAAAAGAACCUAUAAUUAUAGCACCAGCAGUGGAUACUCAAAUGUUUCAUGGAGGUUAGCUAUCUGAAAUAAAUUUAUUUUUUAAUGUUGAGUUGGAGGAUGCAAAGGAGGGUGUUUCUGCUUUAAAAUGUAUGGCCCAGUUUUAAAAUAUCUGUCAGACAUUUUACAAUGGGAUCACUAGAGCCACCGGCUCUGCGAAAGGCCAUGCUGAAAUGAAGAGGGUUUUCUCCGAGAGAGGGGACAUACUGAGGAUGUAUGUAUCAGUGGCAUAACGUGAGUGCAGCACAGUAUGACCAUUGAAGGAUACCACUGAAGAGUCAGUUCGCUUUCACAAACACAGAAUUCUGAUUUAAAGGCAUAGGAAUUCUAAUGCACUGUUGGUGUGAUGGGUGGCCCUGUGAUCGUGGCACCAUCUUCAGCAACAAAUGCUGGCUUGUCUAUCUAUGCAGAGAGAUUGUUUGCUUCAGUAACAUGAAGGAGGUUGUUUUUUGUUUUUUCUCAUUGGGGUAUUUUUUUUACCACUGCGUGCUACCAAGAUAGAGCUAGAAUACCAGUAAGAGUGGAACAGGUAUUUUCCACUUCAAGUGAGAACUUCUGUUCCAAUUCAGAAUCGAGCUUUAGUUGUUGCAGUACCAUCUGAAGGCAAUGAGUGGGGCGGAUUGCAAAGGACUGCUUGAUGUCUAAGCAAUAAGUUUCUGCUGUCAUCUGGCAAAUAUAUUACAGUGGUUAGCCAGAGUUUGUUGCAUCUCAAUUGGGGCUGAGAUUAUUUUUGAAUCAGUGUGGCUUUUUGCUCUGAUUUUGAGCUUCUGUCUUUUUGGCAGCUGCUCUUGAGGGGGUAUGAGCCAAAAUCUUCCUUUCAUUUCAUGGAUGGGUAAUAAUAACAUCAGAGUUAUGUCUUGGUCAGCUUCAGUGUUCCAUAGACUUGGUUCAGACGAUCCAAAACUCUCAGGCACAAUAUCCUGGAGGAUGCAGCUGUGUUUGGAAGUAAUAUCUGACCUUGCGUCCAUAGAGGUGACUCACAUGAAAAGUUUUAGUGUGUCUGAAUUGGGCAGUUGUGACCUACAAUAGUAGUAAGGAAUGUGUCUGGAACUUUACAUUUUUUUAAGGUAGAGGGUAUAGAUAAAAUUCAAUCACCUCAAAAUCUUGACUGUAUAAACCAGUCCCAGAUACAUCGAUCUUUUUUAUUUUGAGUUUUAUUAAGAGGCUUAUAAACCGCUCAUCAAGACAGUGGGUUGGAUCCAGCACAGUGUUUCCCUGGAUGUAAGGAAUUCUGCCCGUGGAGCAUGAUAUUAUUAGCUCUCUCGUUCUGCAGCAACUUGAAAUGCUCCCUGAGAUUCUGUACUGCAGGGGAAUUCUGAGUUACCAGGGCGGAGGGUGAGGAAGUCCUUCAGUUCAUGGAAAUGCCGUACUGGAUUCAACCCAGAAUUUGCCUGAAGUCGGUGAGACCAUAAAAAGUCUUCUCUUCCAUUCUCAGUUUUGUUACUGGUGCAGUUUGAAGUUGCUGGUAUGGAAGGCAAAAUCAAAAGCUGCCUUUCUGUGCUGACCUGGAUAGUGUAAGGCAAAUUUUGCUGCCAGGACUGUGAGGAUUCUCCCCCCCCCCUCCCAUGUUAAAAGUCCAACCUAGAAGAGAAACAUCUGAAUUCAGUUUUAAAGAAAGAAAAAAAAUAUUACAGUGUGUGACAGCAUCAGCUACCUUUAUGGGAAGGGGGGCCUGGGAUCAGCCCCUCCCAGCCCCCAACAUGUGGUCACCACUGUCAAAGAUAACAGUACUUAUUAUCUCUGCAGCACUGGAUGUGCUAAUUUAGCCCUGGGUGAUGGAGGCAGGAAUCCAGCUAUGGUAAUACUGCACACAUGCUGGUUUGGAGCAUGCAGCUGUUUCUGGGAUGUUUAUAAAAGCAUCAUGCUCCUGAAAUGAAAACAAUUUCAGCUGUUGUAUUGCAAGUUGUUAUGGGAGCAAUCCUAAACUUGUUUGCUCAGAAAUAAGUUCCAUCUUUUUCAAUGGAGCUUAGUCCCAAGAAGAUGCUCUUAGGAGAGCAGCCUCUGUGUUUCAUGCCAUAUGAAUGACUUAUAAUACAAAAUGUAAGAUUGUAUAUAAGCACAUCGCUCAAAACAAAACUGUGUAAACUAGAAGUACAGAUUAUUGCUGGGGUUGUAAAAGAUUUUUAAAAAAGAUUUUCCCCUAACAUGUACCACUUGGAGAUUUCCUCAGCUGGAAUUUCAAAUGUAAAUUCAACUUGACUUUUGAAAACACCGUUUUAGUUGAUAAAAUUCCACAUUUGAAUACUGUGAUGUCUGAUGUAAUUAACUAUCUUACUCCUUAUCCUUGCAUCUGCAGUUUACAUAGAACAUAUCCCCAUUGGCCUGCACUAUUAGUUCUGUGUUUACCCUGUAGAACAACAUUUUACAUAGAAUGUGAAAUUUAUAAAGGAAAGCUUUAAAGUUAUUUGCUCUUCUAACUUGAGCAUUUUACUUUUUAUACACUGAAAAAUAAUUUUGUUUUUUACACCAUUUGUAAAAUAGAUGGAUAUUUUCCAUACGGUAUUCCAGUUUGUUUGGAGUUAAGUUGUAUGUCCUCUUUCCCAGCACUGUCAUGUGAAUGUAGUCUAUUUUGAAUGUGUUGACUAUGCAAAUGUUUUGAAUGGAAAUCAUGGAUUAGAUUUACAGGUCAUUUAACAUGUUAUGUGGGAGCAAAUCUGUGCUUGCCACCAACAGAACAUUGAACAGAGAGCUGCAAACAAUGUUGUCAGGGCAUCACAUGUAAACUGUGGUUGCCAAUCUCCAGGUUGGGCCUGGAGAUCUGGAAUUACAGCUGAUCUCCAGAUGACAGAGAUCAGUUCCCCUGGAGAAAAUGGCUGCCUUGGAGGGUGGACUCUCUUGCUCUACUCUGCUGAGGCCCCUCCUUCCCCAAACACAGCCCUACACAGGCUUCUCCACCAAAUCUCGAGGAAUUUCCCAACCUUGAAUUGGUACUGCAGAAGCAUUUUUAUUACAUGCAUACAUUGUUGUUCUCUGAAGUGAAGACAGCUUUGUGCAUCUAAAAAUGUAAUUUAUAUAAAUUGAAUAUUAUUAUGUUGUUAUUAUUGAAGUAAAUUACUUUUGAAAAUAAUUGUCAUUCUAUUAUAAUUCACUUUAUGAAUGGUUUUAAUGUUUUUAGUAAAAGCUAAACAAUGCAAAAAUUACAUUUUUUUUUGCCCUCUGCAUAGCAACCCUGGACUUCUGUGGUGGUCUCCAGUCCAAGUACUAAGACAGACUUGACCUUACUUAGCUUCCAAGAUCUUAUGAGAUCAGGCUAGCCUGGGCUUUCCAGGUAAGGGUAUACUGGGCAGAAAAUCUACAUCCCUGCCUCCAUAUCUAAAUAAUGUUCUCUACUCUUUUUUAAAAUCAAAAUCCCUAUAGUUCUGGAUACUUUGGCCCUGACAUUUUCUAUCAUAAUACUUUACCAUUGGUGGUGUUCAUAAUCCCAUCAAAAGCAUUAUUGUGACUUCACAGCAUGUUUUAUAAUUGGCCCAGUCCCUUGGAAGAUCCAGAUGGGAGGCUGGUCUUAAAAACUUUUGAAGAUUUGUCCUGAAUAGCGACUAAGUACUAUUUUUAUUUCUGAAAAGGCUUCUUUUAUGACUUAGUACAAAAUACUUGAUUGUACGGAGCUGUUAGAUACUGUCUAAUGUCAUGAAUUUUUCCAUUUAUGUAAUGCAAGGUGUGUCAUAAACAUUUGCAUUUUUAAAAAACAGACACAAGAGAACCUUUAUACGAGAGAACCAAUUGUGUAAAAAGUUUGGUGAUACAUUCAAUGUAUGUCAGUCUAUGAUGUGUUAUAAAUUUAUUCAGGGCUUAUCAAACAGUGUAUAUUUGUACAGUAAAAAAGCAUGAGGAGUUCUAAAACAGUAGCUUGCAACAGAUACUUUCCAAAUAGUCCUUGUUUAAUGUUUGCAACAGUCUGAAUAGUCAUUGUUUAAUGUUUUAAUUUUAAUAAAUGCAUUCCAUUUUCUAUUACUAAUACAAAGUUUGAAGAAAAAUUAUUUGUAAUAAA